CUCAGAAUCUCUCAACUCAUACAACCACUUUCUGGACGAACAAGAAAAAGAGAAAAAUCAUGUUGGCCUCCGCUAUUCAAUUGCCUCUCCCGUUGCCACAAGGCCCGUCUCCAUACGAUCGCCGAUUCCUACCAGCGACCUAUGACCUACAAGAUCUAGUCCAUGACAUCAAGUCCUAUCUGGGGGAUUCCUCAGGAAUCGAUUCAUCGGACAUAGACCAUGAACACUUGGUCUCACUAGCACGAAAAUACGCCUCGAAUCCCAAUGAUUGGCUGCGGUUCUACCACAACGACCCGAGCAAGAACUAUACCCGCAACGCAAUCGAGAACAUCAACCGCAAGGCAAACAUUCUUCUACUAGUAUGGAAUCCGGGCAAAGGCUCUCCUAUCCAUGACCAUGCCAAUGCCCAUUGCAUCAUGAAAGUCUUGGCUGGCGAAUUGACCGAAACGGUCUACCAUCCUCCAAAGCUUGAAGGCGAUCAGACAAGUCCUCUCAAGCUCAAACACCAAAACCGAUACCAUGCCAACCAGGUGACAUAUAUCUCGGAUGAUAUUGGUCUGCACCGUGUCCAUAACCCAAGUCCAAACCAAGUUGCGGUGUCCCUCCACAUCUAUACUCCCCCAAAUGCGGCCGAUUAUGGAUACCAUAUUUUCGACGGAGUUACGGGAAAGGCCAGUUUCGUUCCGCAAGCACAAUCUCAUUCGAAUACCGAGAAGCCUGCGGGUCAGGCCUGACGGCCGAACGCUGUCAUACAAUAUCAACCGACAAUCAUCCUGAGGAGGGGCAGGUACCCAGUUCGGUUGCCACAUUUGCAUCAUAAUUGUUUACGAUCUAGAAUAUAUCCCAAGCGCGAUUUCCCUUUUUCUUCGUUCUUUUCUUUUUUCGAUUUCGGGGCUCCAUAUCGCUAUUAUCUUUGUGUAUUUAGCUAUACCUAUCUAUACUGAACUAAUAUCAAGUUGACUUGUGAUCCUACCACUCAGUUACGGUAUUUCAGUGUUAUGCUCUCAUCAAACCCUUCCUCAAAUGUGUAAAGAAGCUUACUUGUGGC